AUGGAAAGAGACAGUCUGAUCCAGAAGGCCAAGCUGGCAGAGCAGGCCAAGCACUAUGAGGACGUGGCAGCCUUCAUGAGGGGCGCAGCGGAAAAGAGUGAGGGCCUCUCCUGUGAAGAGCGAAACCUGCUCUCUAUGGCCUACAAGAAUGUGGUGGGCAGCCAGAGGGCUGCUUGGAGAGUUCUGUACAGCACUGAACAGAAAAGCAAUGAGGAGGGCCCAGAGGGGAAGGGCCUUGAGGUCCGAGAGUACCGGGAGAAGAUGGAGACCGAGCUCCAGGGAGUGUGUGACACCGUGCUGGGCCUCCUGCACUCCUACCUCAUCAAGGAGGCUAGGGAGGCCGAGUGCCAUGUCUUCUACCUGAAAAUGAAGGACAACUACUACCACUACCUGGCUGAGGUGGCCACCAGUGACGACAAGAAGCGCAUCGUCGACUCUGCCCGGGCAGGCUACCAGGAGGCCAUGGACAUCAGCAAGAAGGAGAUGCCCCCCAGAAACCCCAUCCACCUGGGCCUAGCCCUGAACUUUGCUGUUUUCCGCUAUGAGAUCGCCAACAGCCCGGAGGAGGCCAUCUCGCUGGCCAAGACCACUGUUGACGAGGCCAUGGCUGACCUGCAUACACUCAGCGAGGACUCCUACAAAGACAGCACCCUCAUCAUGCAGCUGCUGAGAGACAACCUGUCACUGUGGACAUUUGACAACGCCGGGGAAGAGGGUGGUGAGGCUCCCGAGGAGCCCCAGAGAUGA